GAAACGAAUGUCAGUAAUAAUUGUUUAGUCCCCUGAGGAAGCAUAACAAUGAAUUCGUGCGUAUACCUGAUUUUAAUUUCUUUUUGGACAUUCUGUUCAAGUGAACCUGAAUGCUCCAAAUUUCAUUACGAGGAAAGAACUCUUGAAAAAAUUAUAAAAACUGAAUUCAUUGUUGAAAGGCUAAAAUCAGAUGUUUCAGAAAGGGAUGGAAUCACAAAAGCAGCGUUGGAGAAAAAUCAAGAAGACUUGGCGAAAAUCAAAAACGACCUUAUAGAUUUGGAGGAUAGGCAUGACAAAGAGUGCAAAGCGAUAACGGAAAAAGCUUCAGCGGUUGCCUUCAAAGCCAGUAAUUUGAAGAAUCUCAAUCCCAGCACAGGUGAGACAUUGAUAUUUACUACAACGCAUUUCGACAACAACACCGGCUAUGAUAAUACAACAGGCAUCUAUACAGCAGCAACUAGAGGGUUAUAUCUAUUCACGUGUCAAUUAUGUGUGUAUCAGAACAAGAGAGUUCAAAUUCAAUUAGUGCAAGGUCAAACGACCGUAAACAGCAUGUAUACGGAUGGUGGUAAAAUGAGCGGCGCUUGCCGAAGAAUGGUAGAUGUUUUGGUACUUAAUACAAAUGAACAAGUGCGCAUUAAAGUCGGCUAUUUUUCAGGCAGCACUGUCUUCUGGGAAAAUUCUUCUGGUACAAAUAUUUUUUCCGGAGUUCUGAUUAGUAUUUAAAAACGUACGUGCUGCUGGGAGGGGUGAUGUGUUAAAAUGCAUGUUUUUUCAAAAGACUACAAUAAUAUGAUACUUGUGAGAAAUACAUGUAUAUAGAAAGUACAGGCGGAAAACACGUUUGUUGUUGUUGUUGUUGUUGUUGUUUAGGCAGUUAUUUUUGUCACAAGCAAUUAGUGUUAAUCAACCGUCAAUCACAGUUAGAAAUUUGUAUAUACGGAAAACUGUGUUCAGAUAAUAGACUAAUACCUAAAUUUACUCAUGAGCUUGUAAGUUUGUUACAUCAUACUUAUGGUUUGUUUCCUUUUAGUUUUGUUUUAAUUUCGUCCUUGUAAAUAUUGCGUGCGAAACUGAAUAUUAUAAAACUAGAUAACUUGAUGUAUGUUACACUUUGCAUAAUGAUAGACAUAAAUUGUAAGUAGAGGUAAAUCAACUUAGUUUGAAUCUUGUCUUUUCAAACUAUUCAAUAUAAAUUGUUUGCCAUGUUAGAUGUAUUGUGUACUUAGAUUUGUAUAACAAUAUUAUGAUCUUAUACUUUUGCUAAUUGAUUUGAUACUUUUGUUAAUUGAUCUGAUACUUUUUCUAAUUUAUAUGAAACUUUUGCUAAUUGAUUUGAUACUUUUGCUAAUUUAUAUGAAACUUUUGCUAACUGAUUUGAUACUUUUGCUAAUUGAUCUGAUACUUUUUCUUAUUUAUAUGAAACUUUUGAUGAUUGAUUUGAUACUUUUUGCUUAUUGAUCUGAUACUUUUUUCUAAUUUAUAUGAAACUUUUGCUAAAGGGUUUGAUACUUUUUGCUCAUUAAUCUGAUACUUUUUCUAAUUUAUAUGAAAAUUUUGCUAAUUGAUUUGAUACUUUUGCUAAUUGAUCUAAUACUUUUGCUAAUAGAUCUAAGAUGUAAUACUUUUGCUAAUAGAUCUAAUACUUCAACUUAUUUACUAAUAUGCCACCUAUUGCGCCACGCAAAUAUUGACAGUUUUCUUUCUGAUUGGCAAGUCAAGACAUAUUGUAUAUUUAGAAUUGUACAUGGGAAUAUUUUACACAUGGAUAAACAUGUAUUGCAUCUGAAUUAUGUUCAUUGGACGAUGCAGUAUUCUAUACAGUGAGUUGACAGAACGCUUAAAUGUGUAUUAAAAAUGUACUACAAGUAAUAUUAAUAAUUUUAAACACUGAUUUUAACUUGUUAUAUUUCAAUUACAAAUUCGUUUAUUGUUCAUUUUCGUUAUCAAAUGAAUAUUAACCUCUUCAACACUCUGAUAUUGAUCAUAUUUGACAUAUGUACAUUAUAUGUUUAAUUUUAUUACCUUUUAAACCUUUAUAUAAACAUAUUACAUGUACUUACUUGCAAGUAACUGAUAUGUUAAUAUAUAUUUAUAUCACUCUUUGUUUAAUUGAAAACCUGGUUUUAUUUCGGACUGUAGGGCAUAUAUUACGAAUAAAAUAUUGGCAUUAUAA